CCUGCUGGAAGAAGUGUGUGGACCUCAAGAAGCAGUAGGCUCGAUUUCUCAGGAGCUCAUGGAUUCCCUUGGCUACGGGUCUGCAGCCUCCAGCCUCCAGCUGCAGUCCCAACACAGUCCUUGGGCUUAAGACCCAUUUUAGAAGAAACUGACAGAAUUCAGAGACCACCCGAUCUGUUUCAGAAGAAGCAGUUCCAUGAAUCCCUUGUAUACUUUGGUACUGCAAUGGCUUGUGAAAUCAUGCCUCUGCAAAGUUCUCAAGAAGAAGAAAGGCCCAUGUCACCUUUUUAUUUAAGGUUCUUAGAAAGAACUAUUCGGUCAACUGUGGAACAGCAUCUUUUUGAUGUUCAGGACUCUGGGGGUCAAAGUUCAGAAGAUUCAGAAUGUGGAGGACCAUCAGCUUCUCCCUCAGUAGCUGCCAGGCAGAAACGGUGGCAUAAUAAGGAUCAGAAUGAAGUCAGACAUAACAGAGAAAGGGUACUUAUCAACAAAGAAAAUAUUCCUUCUGAGUUCAGCAGCCUUGAGGAUUGUAUUUUGACUGCACAGGAAGCAGAAAAAUACCAGGAAAACAACCGUGUAUAUAUUGAAGAAAACAGUAAGCCUAAACGACAGAAAUCUAGUACCAGAUUUCCUGAGAUCAAUGACAACCAAGAUAAUCAUGUGACUAUGGAAAACAUUAAUUCCACAAGACCUCAAGAGAGACUUGGAUGUGAUGAUAUCCUGGAACCAAUGUCUGAUGAAAGCAAAGAAAAUAGCAGUGAUGGGAAGUACUCACAGCAUUCUCAGAUCUUCACCAUGAAGAUUCAGGAACAUCCAAGCCUACCCGAAACGAAGCUCCCGAGGAACCAAGACACGGAUGUCCAGGAAGAUAGCUUUGUCACUGAAAUGCCUCAGUUGGACUUGAACACUUUGUGUAAUGAGAACAGCUGGCAAGAGCCCAUUCCUACUUUCUCCUCAUGGCAGUGUGACAGCAUUGAUUCAGAUGAAGCCCGCCUUUCCCCACAGGCAGGGCGCCUGAUUCGCCAGCUUCUAGAUGAAGACAGUGAUCCCAUGCUGUCCCCUCGAUUCUAUGCUUAUGGGCAGAGCCAGCAGUACCUGGAUGACACGGAAGUGCCUCCUUCCCCCCCCAAUUCACAUUCUUUCAUGAGGAGAAGAAGCUCUUCUUUGGGAUCUUAUGAUGAGGAUCAAGAAGACCUAACACCUGCACAGCUAACUCGGAGGAUUCAGAACCUUAAAAAGAAGAUCAGAAGGUUUGAAGACAGAUUUGAAGAAGAAAGGAAAUAUAGGCCUUCCCAUAGUGACAAAGCAGCCAAUCCAGAGGUAUUGAAAUGGACAAAUGACCUUGCAAAAUUCCGGAAGCAGCUAAAAGAAUCAAAGCUAAAGAUAUCCGAAGAACUAGUUCCCCCGAUGCGGCAACGAAGCAACACGCUCCCCAAGAGUUUUGGCUCUCAGUUGGAGAAGGAAGAUAAGAAGCGAGAGAUGGCAGAUAAGGCAAUGAAACCUACUGUUGAAGCUACCCUGGAAUCUAUUCAGAAGAAGUUACAAGAGAAGCGAACAGAGACCAACCAACCUGAGGACAUUAAGGACAUGACCAGAGAGCAGAUUGCUGCUGAGAAAGUGGCCCUGCAGAAAUCUUUGUUGUAUUAUGAGAGCAUCCAUGGAAGACCGAUAACAAAGCACGAGCGUCAGGUUAUGAAGCCAUUAUAUGACAGGUACCGACUGGUCAAACAGAUCCUGUCACGGGCCAACCCUAUUCCCAGCAUUGGUUCCCCCUCCAACAAGCGGAGAAGUCCUUUGCUACAACCAAUUAUCGAGGGUGAAACAGCUUCCUUCUUCAAGGACAUAAAGGAUGAAGACGAUGUUUCAGAAGAUGACAGAGACACAAAGCCAGACUUCACAAUCCCCAUUGAAACUGACUUCUGCUUUCUGGACCAACUUGAAGAUGACAAUGCCGAUCAUUUUGUUUCCCCUUUGGAUGAUAAGUUACCUCCAAAAAGCGGUCAGGAUAUGAGGCUGUCCAAUCUUCAUGCUGCAUCUAUACAUGAGCUCUUAGAACAACUUCAGGAAGUGAAGGAAGAGAAGAAAAGAAUUCGAAAAAAACUUCGUGACUUUGAGGAUAAUUUUUUUCGACAAAACUCAAGAAAUGUCCAAAAGGAAGACCGCACUCCAAUGGCUGAAGAAUACAUUGAAUACAAACAUGUGAAGGCAAAAAUAAGGCUUUUGGAAGUGCUCAUCAGCAAGAGAGACAUUGACUUAAAGAUCAUGUAGAAGAACAAAAGAAAACGAAAACGUAUCCCUUCAGAAAAGACUCAGUUGGAUGGAGUGAAUGAAGGAUCCUUCAGCAGGAAGUCUGCAGCUCUCUGAAACUAAACUAUCCAGUCACGUACAGUACAAAGGACUGCUCUGGCCAUACCGGCUAUUUUGUGUGUAGACUGGUCAUUCACUUUAUGGAUUGUCUACUGAGAAAGAAAUCUUUGUUUAGGAA